CCGUUUAGCACAUGACCGACUUGUACGUGAACGACACCAGCCGCGUGUGCAGCCAGCCUGUGCAGGUCGUUGGCGUUGCCCGCGAAUCGGCGCUUGCCUGGUCUGUUAACGGCAACCGCUUGGCAUUUGUCUCGGGCAACAGCGCCAUCUUUAUCGCAGGUCACGAUGACAAGCGCGGUGUGACCCUCGAGAAAGUGAUUCCUCUGUUCAAGAAAGAUGUGAAUGGCCUUCUCUUCUCCCCCGACAACGAAGAUAUGCUAGUGGUCGUCGGGCACGAGGGCAUUUCGUUUGUUGACGUGGCGGCCGGCGACUUUGUGUUUCGCGUUCCCAUCGGCAAAGAAAACAACCACGAAAGCGAUGUUACGUGCGCGACGUGGCUUUACGGUGGCUCCCUCUUGGCCACCGGGUCCAAAGACGCAACCAUCAAGAUCUGGAUUCGCGACGCAACGCACACCCACGAGUGGACAUGCUUGGAAACGAUCACAGGCCACAAGGCGCCGCUCAUGGCGCUCGAAUUCAACUUGUUCACGAACUCGUUGUUCUCGUGUGGUCGGGACAGCUCCAUCAAGCACUGGGACGUUCGCACUUUGCAUCCGUCGUCGAUUGCAAAACGACGCGACGAUGGCAGCAUUGCGUGCUCAAUCGUAUCUUCCAUGGACGGCCACCAAGGCGACGUGAUUGCGCUGACUGCGACCGCCAACGGGAAAUACCUCUUUUCUGGUGCCCGAGACAACAGCAUCAAGGUGUGGCACGUUGGCCAGCAUCGGGAACUUCGCACGAUUACAGGCCAUGCCGGUGAUGUCCGCCGCAUGAUCCUCAUGGCCCACGACGAGUAUAUGUACUCGGCGUCCGUGGACGGCACGGUCCGUUUGGUCAAACUGAUGCAGCUCGACGUGGACGACGAUCGUGUGUUGUCUGCUGAAGAUUUGGAGCGUGAUCGCGAAGCGGCAGAUAAGUUGGCACUGGAGGAAAUCCUUGGAUUGGGCAACAAGACGACCCCGCCGUCGGGGGUCGCGGUUGGCCUCUCAACUGAAACGGACCAAGUGCUCGCGUCGAUUUCCGCGCACGAACAGAACGUAUUUCGCAUGGAGGUGAACCCGGUGAAGCCCCUCAUGGCAACCUCAGGGAACCACGAGAUUCAUGUUUGGGACAUCUCAAACUUGGCCAAGCCGGUACGCGUGAACGAGUUUAUCGGGCAUACGAACGGCGUAACCCAAGUCCACCUCGUCCGCGAUGACCAGCACCUCAUCAGCGGCUCCCUCGACGGCCGUAUCCACCUGUACAACGUUGACACGCUGUAUCGCGAGUCCAAACUCGACGUGAUCGGCGCUGUGGGUGCGACGGCUCUCUCUCCCGACUCCCGCGUGCUGUUUUGCUCCGGCAAUGACUACGACAUCCGAGGCUACUUGACGCACGAUAACUUGCUUGUGUCGCAGUGCGUGGUGGAAUUGACCGGCCAUUGCGGCAAAGUGUACUGCCUCGCCAUCUCACCGGACGGGUCCAUCCUCGUUAGUGGCGCCCACGAUUACAGCUUGUGCGUGUGGUCCUUAAACCAAUUCACACAAACGUACCAAGGGGCGAGCGCGCCCCUGCUGGCGGGCGAAGAAGAGAUCAAGUCCUUGACCCCGGCCAAGCGCAUCGGGAGCCCUCACGAAGGCCACGUGUUCGCCUUGGCCUUCAGUUCGCCGAUGUCGGGCGGAGAGCAUCCCCGCCUCGCCUCGUGCGGCAACGACCACUCGAUCAAGAUCUGGCGCUUGACUGGCAAGUCAUUGUCGGAAGUCGCCCAUCUCCGCGAUGCCCAUUCCAGCGCCGUGAAUUGCCUGGCAUGGGGGCGACACUCGUCAAGCACGCUGCUCUUUUCCGGAGGUUGGGACCAAACGAUCAAAGUCUGGGACCUCGCUGAUACUUCCCGUGCGCCGACUGGCCCUGUGGGCACACUGCAAGGUCACAAGGGGCGCCUCUCCAAGCUGUGCGUGUCGAACGACGGCAAGGUGCUCGUAUCGACGUCCGCAGAUGGAGUGGCCAUGUUGUGGCAAGCCACGGCGCCAUUCCAGCUCUUGUGCACGUAUGUCGGCACAGACGACGGUGGCGUGACCAGCUUGGCGAUGGGCCAGAAUAUCUUUGCCACGGGGUACGACGACGGCAUGAUCAAGGUGUGGCCUCUCUUGGGCAGCGAUGGAUCCGUGCACGAAGACUACGCGUCUUUGUUUCUGACGCAGGAAGAGGUCGCACGUCUGAGCAAAGAGUCUGCCGCCAAAGAAAGGAACUUGUCCAUGAUGCAACAGCGCAAGAAGUCGGGCUUUCUCCCCAAUUCGGAAGCUCCGCAACUACUCUAACGCCACUGGCGUAACUUGUCGCCCACUAUAUCUUGAAUACACGCUUGGUUAAAAUGAUAAGGCCUAGAUGAAGGUGCUACUUCGGAC